AUGUGCAAUAAAAAAGAGAGAGAAGAUACUGCAAGAGAAGAAAUGAAUUUACCCAAUGAAAUAACCUAUAAAAUAGCCUAAUACUUAAUUAGAUAGCUUGAGAAACAUGAUAUGCUUUGCAUCAAAUGUGAUCAGCACAAUAAUUACAAUGCUAAAAGCUAUUGCAAAGCAGAAGAUACUAUAAUUUGCGGUGAAUGUAGCUUGUACUAUAAAAAUCAUCAUCAUUGCGGAAGCGAUGAAAAUCUAAAGCAUAUCAUAAUCGAGAGGGUAUUCUUUGAAGAAGUAUUCUAGAAAUAGCUUAUACUACUAGAAUCAGAGCAACAAAAAAUUAAAAAUUUAAUAGAAUUGUUCAAAGGAUAUAUAAGCAAGGAAAGAGAUUACAAAGUUCAAGAAAUAAAAGAAAUGCUAUCUAAUAAUAGUUAGAUCCUCUAAUAUGCUUCUGAUAAUCAAGAAAUAAGAGACAAAUUUGCUGAAGACUCAACCAUCUUGAACUAUUUAACUACAUUUUCGCUGAAAUUGGAGGAAGAGGAAUAAUAAAAUAAAAUCAAAGAGCAAUAAUUAAUAGAUGCAAUCCCUACUCAAAUUUCAAAAGAAUUUCAUGAAAAUUACUUGAAAUUUAGAAGAAUGGUUGAUGAACAAGUUGAUAAUUUAAAUAAUAAGUGUCAUAAUAACAAUCUUCUAACUAAAAUGUUUUCUCGCAAACAGAAAGGUGUAUAGUUAAUUUAUAAAGGCACAAGAGAUGGAUUCAGAUCAACAAACUUUCAUUCUCAUUGCGAUUCUAAGGGACCAACUGUAUCAUUCAUUCUAAGUCACAAAGGAGAGGUGUUUGGAGGGUAUACAUUUGUUUCAUGGAACUCUGAUAAAAAAUAUUUAAGUGACAGUAAAGCCUUUUUAUUUUCUUUGACGAAAAAGACCUUGCAACUCUAACACCAACCUUUUGAUAGUAAGGCUGUCUAUCAUAACGAGAAACAUUUAAUGACUUUUGGUUAUGGCUUUGACCUUUGUGUACAAGAUUAGUGCGAUAGUAAUAAAGACAGCUACUGCAACUUAGGAUAAACUUAUUAAGCACCAAAGAACUAUAAAUUCAAGGAUUCAUUUUCAUAGAUCUAUUUGGCAGGCAAGUUAAAAUUCUAAGUUAAAGAAAUUGAGGUAUAUUCAUUGGAACUUUGA